CUACAGGUCAGUUAGCAUCGCGCUUCCAACAUGGCGGUGAAUCUUGCAGACCUCUCCCUGCCUCAAUUAGAGGGACUGAAAACCCAACUAGAUCAGGAGAUCGAGUUCUUGACGUCUUCAAUAGGUCAACUCAAAGUUGUCCAGACGAAAUAUGUUGAAGCCAAAGAUAGUAUGAACGUCCUGAACAAAAACAACAAAGGAAAAGAGUUGCUCGUGCCACUCACCAGCUCUAUGUACGUCCCUGGAACGUUAAACGACGUGGAAAAUGUAUUCGUGGAUGUGGGGACAGGAUACUAUGUUGAAAAGAAUGUGGAAGACUCUAAGGCUUUCUUCAAACGUAAAAUAGAGUUCCUCACAAAGCAGAUCGAGAAAAUUCAGCCAGCGCUUCAGGAAAAACACGCCAUGAAACAAGCGGUGAUUGAAGUCAUGAACGUGAAGAUCCAGCAACUACAACAGACCCAGCAGGCAUCCCAAGUGGUUGGACCCACCAAGGCUUAAUGAGAGCACCUGUUUGAACUCUUCAUGAUGAUGGGGGGGUGGGUUAUGUUUGUGUGUGUAAACCAUGUCACCAGUAGGCUAUUGUCUUGGUAAAGAAAUCAUCUGUAUUUGGGCAAUUUAAUUGGGUGUCUGUUAAAUUUGCAUAAUUAAAGUGAUCACGGAACAUG